AAUUCAACCCCGCCACAAUCCUCACCCUAUCACUUUAUUGGAAUACUAUCAACCCCCUCUAAGAACCCCACCGUGCUGCAUCUCAUCAGUUACAGUUUCGGUCAUGCCGCCAGCAUCCUCGAAUCUCGAGGUUCCUACAUUGGACACCGCCACACUCGUUCGAAAACGUGGAGUCUCUUCCGGAAGAGUUCCUACAAAUCCAAAGAUGGAGGAAUUUCUCAAGAGCUGGCGACAGGAUGCCUUGAAUAAGCAUCAAUACGACGCUGCUAUAUACAUUGGCGAUAAGCUGUUGGCUUUGACUGGUAUUCAUGUCGCUCGCGCGCCCCCCACUGCUCGUUUGGGGACACUCCUAAUGCUUUUCUUGAGUUAAGGGGACCCCAAGGAUGCCUUUUGGCUCGCCCAAGUUCACUUCAGCACCGGGCACUACAGUCGAGCACAGACAUUCCUUACUCGUAACGACUUAAUAUCUCGAUCUACUUCCUGUCGCUACCUCGCCGCCUUGUGUCUGAUCAAGCAAUCCAAAUACGAUGAAGCUCUCAACAUCCUGGGCGACAAGGACCCGACACAUCUCUUUUCCGGUUCAGUUUCUACUACCAACGGGCGACGACGAGCUGCUGCUGGUGGACGGAGUAGUAAGGAUCGGGAAGAACAGGUUGGGAACGUAAAGUUUGAGGCGGCAAUGUGCUAUUUGAGGGGCUUGGUAUAUGCUAAGCAAAACUCCUUUGAUAAAGCGAAGGAAUGCUACAAACAUGCUGUCCUCAUUGAUGUCAAGUGCUUCGAAGCAUUCGAUCAGUUGAUGAGAAACGCUCUCAUGUCACCGGACGAAGAGUGGGCAUUCCUGGAAUCGCUGGACUUCGACGGUUUAGGUGCCGAUGGGGAAGAACCAGGUGAACAAGCAGAAUUCGUCAAAAUGCUAUACACCACCCGACUGAGCAAGUACAAAAACCCAGCGUACUUCGGCGAAGCUACCGAGAUACUCUCAGAAGCUUAUAACCUAUCACAAAACGCCGACAUGAUACUCUCCAAGGCAGAGUUAUUAUUCACGCAGUGCAAGUUCAAAGAAUGCUUAGCCCUUUGCAAAAAGGUUAUCGACGACGACAAUUACAAUUUUUCGGUUUAUCCUUUGUAUCUGGCAUGUCUACACGAGCUAGACGAAAAAAACACCCUUUUCUUAAUAUCCCAUGACAUGGCAGACAAUUACCCAGAAGAGCCAGUAACAUGGCUUUCCGUUGGUGUCUAUUACCUUACCAUCGGUAAAAUUGCUGAAUCUAGACGCUUCUUCUCUAAAGCCUCAAUGAUGGAUCCACACUUUGGACCGGCCUGGAUCGGAUUCGCCCACACCUUUGCAGCAGAGGGCGAACAUGAUCAAGCGAUAUCUGCCUACUCUACUGCUGCCCGACUGUUCCAAGGGACCCACCUGCCCCAGCUUUUCCUCGGCAUGCAACACCUCCAGCUCAACAAUAUCACCUUAGCUGACGAGUACCUAAACAACGCGUUCACCCUCUGCAAAUCGGAUCCGUUGCUCUUGAACGAAUUAGGUGUGGUAUUCUACCACAAAGAUCACUUAAAAGAAUCCGUUCAGCUCUUCACCAAAGCUCUCGACAUCGCGGAGGAGAUCGAGAGCGACCCUAAGGCAUGGAUCGCAACAAGAGCAAACCUAGCGCACGCGUACAGAAGGCUCGAGUUCUUUGAUAAAGCAUUGGAACAAUUUUUUAUCGUGAAACGUACUGGAGAGGGUAAGGAUGCAAACGUCUACAGCGCUAUAGGGCUGUGCCAAAUGCAAUUGGGGAGGUCCUGGGAGGCUGUUGUUAGCCUGCAUGAGGUAUCCCAUCGCCCCCUGAACACACUCUACGUACUAAUACUCACAUUGAAAUGUUAGGCGCUAGCUGUAUCACCCCAAGAUCCUAUAGCCACAGAACUUCUCGAGAAGGCUCUCCAAGAGAACUCAUCUUCAAACCUCCUUUUCCAAUCGUCGGUAAUGAGCGCCGAUGGCGAAAUAAUCAUCCAAGACGACGAAGAAGUCGAAGCCAUCAUCAAUCAGCGACUAAAAGGGAAGUCGAAAUCACGGCACCGAUACGGAAACGACGGCGAAAGCAGCAGUAGGGCUCUAAGAACAACAAAUAGAUCUGCAGGCAGGUCCGCGGCCACAGCCAGUGACGCCGGAGGGGGAGGAGGCAGAAGGCGACUCGGUGAUGUUACGAGUAAUUAUCAGGAAGGCAUGGAAAUCAGUGAUGACGACCUGUAAUGAUUCUUAUGACUGGCUAGGUGCAUCGUUUUCUUUUCCUUUUCUUUUCCUUGCUAUGCGCAGGGGUUCUGGAGCGGUUCACUUGUAGAUAAUGAUUCGCGGUGUUGCGGUGUAUUCCGGGGCGAAUGGAGCUCCGAGGGCGAUGGCUUUGCUAUUAAGAAGGUUUCCUUCUCCCCCCUUUCUUUUCUCCUGUCCGAGUUUGAUAUUAUGAAAACUGUGAUACAAUCCCGAGAAAAUGUGCUGGAAUUCACUCGAUGGGGCAGCUAUCGUCCGCCAACUGCGGUGAUCCGACAAUCAAGGUUGGGCCUUCCAGGCACAGCACUAGUAAGCACUUUAAAACCUUAAAAUGACGACAAGGGUCCAACCUUGAGCCCCAACUUAAAUCAUUCCACCCAGUAUGAUAUCAUAAAUCGCCACGGGUCCCACCCCAACUCUCACCACGUUUCCUGUAUCCCAUCCGAAAACCGACCCCCCCCUCCCAAAUACUAGAACAAUGUCAAACGAAGAUCUAACAGACGAAAUCUCCGCCCUAAACUCAAUCUACACUCCGGAAACCAUUGCCCCGUGCUCGGCAACAGCCACAGCCCCCAAAACUUACACCCUAACCCUCCCCACCCGAAUCCAACAGACACUGACACUCUCCUUCCCAGAGACGUACCCGAGCGACCAGCCGACAAUUCACGGAACCAGUAGCAUCCCCGGUGCCGCUGGGUUUGCACGGGACGUGCUUGUGCGGGUAUUCCGACCCGGUGAGGUGUGCUUGUACGAUCUUGUAGAGGGGUUGGUCGAGGUACUGCAAGUGCAGGGGGAACCAGCACAGGUUGAAAAGGAGAAGAAGGAAGAGGAAGGGGGUGAAGAAGAAGGGAUAGAGCAGGAAUCAGAGAAAGACAACUGGACGAUCGCACCCCCACUGACGGAGAAAAAAUCGGUCUUCAUCGCGAGAGCGAUGCACGUUUCCUCCCCCGAUCAGGCGAAGAUGUGCCUUCGCCGUCUGCUGACCGAUAAGAAAAUCGCGAAGGCGACGCAUAAUAUCUCUGGUCUUUCCUUCCCUUAAUCCCUUCCUCCCUCCUUCUCGGGGACUCGCGCGCGAUUGUAUGAUCUACUGACGAACGUACUUGUACCCGUAGCUUACCGCGUCAAGGAUCCUUGCAAAAACGUGACCUAUCAGGACAACGACGAUGACGGGGAGGCGGCGGCGGGUGGGAGGUUAGCGCACUUAUUGCAGGUGAUGGAUGUUUGGGAUGUGCUGGUUGUCGUGUCGAGGUGGUAUGGAGGGGUCAAGCUUGGGCCUGAUCGGUCUGUAUAAUACUCUUCUUUCCGAGAUAGAUUGGGAGGGGGGGCUAAUGUUGUAGGUAGGUUUCGGUGCAUUAAUGCUGCGGCUAGAGAGGCUUUGGUGCUUGGGGGGUGGGUGAAGGAGGGGGUGAAGAAGGCGGGGAAGGGUGGGAAGGGGAAGUGGAGGAGUUAG